AUGUGCGUGUCCACACCAAUGAGAGACCGUAUCAGUGCAGUGAAUGUGGAAAAACCUUCACACAGUCAAGUUCUUUACAGAGACACCAGAGAACUCACUCUGAGGAGAAACUCUAUCAGUGUUCACACUAAGUCCAGACACACACAGGACUCGGAGCUCAGCCUCACUUUACUCUGUUAUACUGACACAAACCCCACAGACGCUCAGGACACUGUGUGUGACAGUAAUCACACCUUGAAUCAGGAUGAAUCUACUGAUCAAACCUCCACAGAGUCUCUGGAUUCUGUCUGUAACGCUGGAGAACAGCAGAUCCUGAACACCAGACCACUCAACAUGUGUUCUGUCAAACUGAUUGGGACUGAUGGGAAACUGAUAAAAACAGAACCCACGUCAGAGGAAGAUCAAACUGGUGAUGAUGAGGAUGAGGAAGAUGAGAGUGAGGAUGAUUUUUUACCUUCAGAUGAGAGCAGUGAUUCGUGUUCUGAAGGAGAAACGGCCUCGACGUCAAAAGAGCACAGGAAGAACAUUAACAUGAAGAGACACAGUGAUGAAAAGCCUUUCAACUGCAGUGAAUGUGACAAGUGUUUCAGCACCAUACAAUAUCUUGUGAUUCAUCAGAGAAUUCACACGGGAGAACUAACCUACAAGUGUCCUUACUGUGACAAGAGAUUCAACCAACUAGACAAUGUAGAGCGACACGUGCGUGUCCACACCAAUGAGAGACCUUAUCUGUGCGGUGAAUGUGGAAAAGGCUUCACGCAGUCAAGAUGUCUUAAACAGCACCAAAAAAUACACUCUGAGAAAGUCUAUCAGUGUUCACACUGUGAUAAACGCUUCCGCUAUAAAAAUAGUCUGAUACUUCAUUUAAGAGUUCACACUGGAGAGAGACCUUACCUCUGCUCUCACUGUGGAAAGAGCUUUUCACAGUCGAGUAAUUUCAAAGAUCAUCUGAGAAUUCACACUGGAGAGAAACCUUACGUCUGCUCUGAUUGUGGAAAGAGCUUUUCUAAUUCAAGUGCUUUCAAAGUUCAUCAGAGAGUUCACACUAGAGAAAAGCCUUAUCCCUGCAGUGUUUGUGGGAAGAGUUUUACUCGCAGUGACAAUUUAAAGACGCACCAGAGACUUCAUACUGGAGAAAAACCUUACAAAUGUUCUCAGUGUGACAAGGCGUUUACGCAGCGAGUUCUCCUGAAACUCCAUCAGAAAGUUCACACCGGAGAGAAACCAGGAAAAUGCAGUGUUUGUGGAAAGAGGUUUUCUUCACGUUAUUUCAAAGAUCACCAGAAAGUUCACACUGGAGAAAAGCCUCAUCCCUGCAAUGUUUGUGGGAAGAGUUUUAGUCGACUUAGCAAUUUAAGGACGCAUCAGAGACUUCACACAGGAGAAAGACCUUACAAAUGUCGUCAGUGUGACAAGACGUUUACUCAGUUAAUUCUCCUGCAAAUCCAUCAGAAUUCAUACAGGAGAGAAAUCCACCCGUCUGUCUGUGGCGGGAAUGCGCCUUUUAAGUUUGGUUUGCCAACCGCCAUUAAAACUCAAAAGAAGAAGAAAACAACACAAGCAGCGUCGGAGCUGUCACAGCUCAUCAUGUCGAGAAAGCGAUGUGUUCUGCGCUGUGAAAGAAAAUUCUCGUUAUUUUCACUUCCAAAGGUUUAUGAUGUGAAGAUUCGAUGGUUAAAUUUCAUUUUUUCUACUAUACCACAGCAGUACAAUCCAAAUCUUGCGUUGUGUGCCCGUCAUUUUACUCAGGACUGCUUCUCCAAUUUCGGCCAAUUCAACGCGGGUUUUAAUAAGCGCUUGUGCCUGGAAGAUGGAUCAUUACCCACUUUAUUUGCACCGGGAAGCGUCUCCGAAUCACCAUCUAGUACACCACAUCAGAACAUCUGGUCACAACAUUGGGUGUCAAAAACGGGCACAUCUGUGGAGGUGGCAUGUCAGACUGACCCUCCAGAAACUGUGUCUUUGAAAAAUGAGGUUUUGUCGGCUCAAUCUUCAGUGUGUGUGAGUGACGGGAGCUCCACAGAACGUCUGGAUUCAGUGUGGAGCAGCAGAGAUCAGAGCACACCACAGCCACUGCUGGACAAACUCUCUGAACAGAAGUCCAGACACACACAGGACUCGGAGCUCAGCCUCACUUUACUCUGUUAUACUGACACAAACCCCACAGACGCUCAGGACACUGUGUGUGACAGUAAUCACACCUUGAAUCAGGAUGAAUCUACUGAUCAAACCUCCACAGAGUCUCUGGAUUCUGUCUGUAACGCUGGAGAACAGCAGAUCCUGAACACCAGACCACUCAACAUGUGUUCUGUCACACUGAUGGAGAUCAAAACAGAACCCACGUCAGAGGAAGAUCAGACCGAUGAAGAUGAGAAUGAUGGUGGAGGCGAUGACAACCACGAUUUGAUCCCCCCAGAUGAGAACGGUGAUUCAUGUUGUGAUGGAGAAACGGCGUCUACUUCAAAAGAGGACAGAGGGAUUCACACGUGGGAAAGAAAGCACAAGUGUCCUCUCUGUGACAAGAGACUUUACAGUGCAACUCAUCUAAACGGACACGUGCGUGUACACACCGAUGAGAGACCGUAUCGGUGCAGUGAAUGUGGAAAAACCUAUAGGUAUUCAGGUAGCUUAAAAUCUCACUUAAGAAAACACUCUGAGGAGAAACUCUAUCAGUGUUCACACUGUGAGAAAAGUUUCCCUAAAAAAACAAGUUUGACGGUCCAUGAGAGAACUCACACUGGAGAGAAACCUUACCUCUGCUCUCACUGUGGAAAGAGCUUUGCUUCAUCAAAUGCUUUAAGAGAUCAUCGGAGAACUCACACCGGAGAGAAACCUUAUCUCUGCUCUGAUUGUGGAAAGAGCUUCACUACAUCAAGUGCUUUAAGAGAUCAUGAGAGAACUCACACCGGAGAGAAACCUCAUCACUGCAGUAUUUGUGAGAGGAGUUUUUCAACUUCGUGUCAGUUAAAAAAUCAUCAGAGAGUUCACACUGGAGAGAAACCUCAUCACUGCCGUGUUUGUGGGAAGAGAUUCAGUCGACGUGACAGUUUAAAGACCCACCAGAGACUUCACACAGGAGAAAGACCUUACAAAUGUUCUCAGUGUGACAAGACGUUUACUCAAAGAGGUCAAUUGACUUUCCAUCAGAAGGUUCACACUACCUGUUAAUCUGACUAAUUUAGGAGAUUUUUUGACUCAGGAGAAGAAACGUGUUUUAAAAAAAUCUGUCAAGAGAGCAGGAGAACCUUUCUUAAAAGAUUCGGACAAAUACUCGCGAAUGUAUUCAACCUUUCGUUUUAUGUUGCUGCCUUAUGAUAAACUGUUUAAAGUUACGUCUUUCACAUCAAUGAUGAUGAAGCAAAAAAAUGAUUUGUAACAACUUUGUCAAUUUAUUACAAAUAAAAAACUGAAAUAAUUACAGUGCAUAAGUAU